AUGCCAAACGAUGCCAUCAACAAUAUCCCCACUGAGUUCGUGAUUCCACCCAACGUGGUACCCCAGAGAGAACCUAUCGAGCAGGAUCGAGACAUUCAGCCUGCUGUUAUGCUCUUCGUCAACGUGCCAUGGCCAGCUGUGUGGCUUGUAAUUCGUCCUUCCAUGUCUCCUGCCUUGGUGCAGCUUCGCAUGAGCCAGGCUCGACUGAAUGGUUUUGCCCAAACUGUGACUGCUAUCAAGAGCUUUAUACUCCAGGCCCGAGCCGCCAUUCCAAGAUCCAAUACCCUUAUCACAACCGACAGCGACCUAGCCCAGGCCGUGUUUGACGACAGCCUUGACUCGCUUGAAACGGGGCCGUCUCUGCGACGCUCUAGAUCUCAUGUGCUCAAUGGCGGAGUGCUACUACGGAGAGAGGAAAGAGCCUUGAGGAAUCUCACUCCAGAGGAAGCUCACCUGUGGGACAUGUUCGAGCAAGCACGAACAGGUGGUCUGGGCACCGCUCCUACUACUCCUGUCGAGGACAAACCUAGAAGGAAACGGAGAAGGCGAGGAGAAGCCGCUGCUGAACCACUGUCUGUCCAAUCUCCUCCAGAACCUUCACAAUCCCCAUCAGAGGCAGGUUCCUCUAGAAUCAGCUCUCUUAUGAGCCAGAUAAGGCUGAGGCCGAGAAGUUCAGUUACUGACGAGAGACCCGCUGUCCAGGUGCCCUCUGCUCCGACAAUGACUAGGAUGUCCCCGUUGAUCAGUCCGGUGACGAGUGACAGUGAGUCUGAACUUCGGAGACCGCCUUUUGAGCGCCCCGGUAGAGAGCUUACCCUCGAGCAAAAACGCAUAAUUCAAAAGCAUGUUCGUGAUAAUCUUCGUCCAUUGUAUACUCCAAAUGAUCCGACGAAAACUGGAACCAUUACUACAGAAGAUGAAUACAUCCGAAUCAACAAAAGCAUUUCCCGCAAGAUCUACUCGGCAAUACUCUCGCUGGGAGAGGAAGAAGGACCGCAAAUUUAUGAAGAUUACUUCGAUAAUCCCAGCUCUAAGCUAAGAGAUUUGGUUGAUUGCUGUGUCCAGCGAGAACUAGCAGGUGUUAGAUAUGGGUAA